AUGGUCAAUAUGAAAUCAUAUUUUGUGUUAUCGCUACUCUUCUGUGCGAAUUUCUUGAACAUACAUUUAUGUCAGGGUAAUCAUUCGAAUAAUUGGGCAGUUCUGGUCGACACAUCAAGAUUUUGGUUCAAUUACAGGCAUGUAGCAAACGUUUUGUCCAUUUACAGAAGUGUCAAACGGCUUGGUAUACCGGACAGUCAGAUAAUAUUAAUGGUUGCUGAUGACAUGGCCUGUAACCCUCGCAAUCCCAGUCCUGCCACUGUAUUCAAUAAUGCUGAUCAACAGCUCAAUGUUUAUGGAGACGAUGUUGAAGUCGAUUUUAGAGGCUAUGAGGUAACAGUUGAAAACUUUGUACGUUUAUUAACGGGUCGGUUACCUCCUGAUACACCUCGUUCAAAACAGUUGCUUACUGAUGAAGGUAGCAACAUCUUAAUAUACCUUACUGGCCAUGGCGGUGAUGGAUUUUUAAAGUUUCAAGAUUCUGAAGAAGUUACUAGCCAAGAGUUAGCCGAUGCUCUUGAACAAAUGUGGCAGAAAAGAAGAUACCAUGAAAUAUUCUUUAUGAUUGAUACUUGUCAAGCUUCAUCGAUGUAUGAAAAAUUUUACUCACCUAACAUCCUUGCAAUGGCUAGUAGUUUAGUGGGUGAAGACUCUCUUUCGCAUCAUGUAGAUCCAGCGAUUGGAGUAUACAUAAUUGAUCGUUACACAUUUUAUGCAUUGAAAUUUUUAGAGAAUGUUAAACUGAAGAGUCGUAUUAGCAUGAAGAGUUUUCUGGGUGUUUGUCCUAAACAAGAUUGUAUUUCAACAGUGGGAGUAAGAAUUGACUUAUUUCACAGAGACCUCGCAAAAGUUCCAAUCACUGACUUUUUUGGAUCCGUUAGACCAGUCGAAUUAACAUGUGACUUUUUAGAUAUUUCAAAUACACCAUUAUAGAAAAUAAUUGUAAACAUUGUCAUGUGUAAA